AUGAGUACCUUAACUCGCCUGUUACCGGUCAUACUCGUGGUACUGCUUGUCAUCGCCCUCGCCGCCGUUGGAAUAGUGAUAUACAGCGUCGCCAUGGACGUGAAGAGCAACACGAAGAAGAAGAUGGAGAAGAAGAACGUCGCUUUCUCUCGGGACGGCGCAACGGUCGGCGUCAAGGAAUUACAUGCCGAAGACUAUCAGGAUAAAACUCAGAGUGUCCUUGUCAACAUUUGGGAAACCUCCGGCGGAACGAAGGGUAGAAAGAAGAAGGCGUAG